AUCGUGUUUGUCGGCGGUAGUAGAUCUCUCUCAGACCUGGCAGUCCAGAAAUGGCUCGAAACGAUAGACGGCGCGACACACACACACACACACACACACACACACACUUGAUGGCGGGAUAUGCGAUGAUAAGCUCUGCAUGCUGUCAUGCCACGCACAAGGACACACGAUCCGACGAUGCGCUUGGCAUGGAAAGGGUAGAUAAUCCGCAGACCGGGUUCACCGUCGACAUCGACAUCGGCACACAUGCCCGUGCUCGUCUGUCUGCUUUUCCCAUACGACCGGUCUCCAUCCAUAUCAAAACGCGCUGAGCAUCGUCAUCCCGAUUCACCACAAUCUGACGAAGUGCACCACAAUCCCAUCAUCCACACCCAGAAUCAUCAUCAUCAGCAUCAUCCUCGCACCAUCUCCCCCCAACGUCCUCCCAGCCCCCUCCCCUUCUCCCAACGGUCGCACCACAAAACCUGCACGACCGAUGUGCCCCCCUGCCCCUCUAAUGGCCCCCAGGUCGGCACUCGAACUCGAACGCACGCGAGCCGCCUUAAGUCCCGACAUAUACGUGCCGCCAGAAACGCCCCUGAGUUGCACUGCGUCGUGCACUGCACCCGAUCGUCGCACCGCUGCCAGCUGCGCUUUGCAACGCUGUGCCGUCGCACUCUUGGUGUCCUGAAUGGCUUGGUUGGUGGUUGGCUCGUGGAUCGGGGGCGUGGUGGUGUGAUGGGUGUGUAGUGGUGUGUGAUGGUGUACUAGAGAGGGGGAGGGGAGGUUUGUGGGAUGAAGUGGAGUGGGUGGGACAGAUUCUGGUCACUUGGGAGCGGGCGAGGGAAGUGAGGGUGAAAGCUGGGAGAAU